UGGGUGACGCGGCAGGGCCAACCCUCUUCGGGGUCCCUUUUGUUGAACCAUCAAACAUAAGCACCUUUGGAGAUCCCGAGGGGUUCAGAUGAGAAACAGUUAUCAUCUUGCGCACGGAGCGAUCACUUAUUAGCGGCCAAGCCAUGUCGAGGUCUUUUUACGUCGACUCUUUAAUCAUCAAGGAUACGGUGCGACCUGGACCGGCUGAGCAUCCGGGACAAGACUUCCUUAUACCCAUCAGCAUGCACUCGCCGAGCGUGAUGACGGUCACGGCUCCGGUGUGCCCGUCCAGGAAAAAUGGGACUUUCUGCGUUUGCCCGCUGUGCGUAACGUCCCACAUCCACUCUUCCCGCAGCGGCAUUCCCAUGCUGAAGAGUCAGUUUCCAGGAGCGGAGACGCAGUACUGUCAGAGAAUAGCGCACCAGCAGUCUCCAGCACUCGCGCACCCUGGACAUACACCUGUCUGCACGCCCACCUUCAGCGUCACAGAUCCAAGGAGAUACCACUGUCUUUCUAUUGGCGCCUCCGAGAACAGCCACAUACAGAAUGGCAAGAGGAUGCGCACGGCGUUCACAAGCACGCAACUCCUGGAACUUGAAAGGGAGUUUUCCACGAACAUGUAUCUUUCUAGACUCAGAAGAAUCGAAAUCGCCACGUAUCUGAACCUGUCAGAGAAGCAGGUGAAAAUCUGGUUUCAGAACCGGAGAGUGAAGCACAAGAAGGAGGGCAAAGCCACGCAAAGGAGCGCACACAGCGGUUGCAAGUGCGCAACCAGCCACACAGACUAUUCAAGGUCAGAGGACGAGGAGUCUCUGUCUCCGGCCUCUGCUUCGGAAGAGAAAGAGGUGUCACCCAUCUGAGUCACCCAAGCCUCGCUGAUGGCAACUUGCUCUGCCCUGGUGCGGUUAUGAGUCAAUGCAUCGUGCAACCUCUGAGCCAAAAAACUCCUGCAUGAAGUCUGACAAAAAGUGUUUAAAAAUAUUAAUUCAUGUUCAUCUUGCUGUUGAAAAAAAAAAAAUGUGAAUAGAUGUUCGUGAAAUAUUUGGAAACAUGACCUCUGACUGUGUGUAACUGACUGUUAUUUGGAGCCUCUUGGGUUUCUCGUCUACAUGCACAGGUCUUGUUAAUUAUCCCACAAUGUUAAGUAUUUUCCAGUAUUGCCGGAUUUCCCACUGCUGUCAGUGAGGUUGUGUGGUGUAAAGAAAGCCCUUAGAAACUUGUAAACCUGUACGCAGCGAUUUGUAAACUAUGUAAAUCUGUAUUUAUUGUAAUAAACAUGAUGAGCUGA